AUGUCGUCUUCCGCCUCCGCCCCGUCGUCUUCGUCGUCGCCGGCCGUCGCUGUUGCCGCCGCCCUCGCCUCGGCCGCCCUCUCCGUGGGCAUGGCCAUGCGGUGGGCCGCUCGUGCCGCGUCCGCGCCUGCGGCUCCGCUGCAGCCGUCGAUCACCUCCAUGCGGACAGUCAACCCGAUCCGCGGCGUCGUCGAGCGCAUCGACCGGACGGGCAAUCCCGAGAAGGAGCACAUUGUGCUGGCACUCGGCGACCCGACCAAGUUUGGCAACUUUGCGCCGCCGCCGUCGGCCAGCGCCUUGCUCACCAACUUUGAGGCCAAGAGCCACAAUGGGUAUACCCACUCUGCUGGGGCGCCCGACGCCCGGGCUGCCAUCGCUGCCGCAUACUCGUACCCGGACGUGGGCAACGAGCUCCGGCCCAACGACGUGGUCAUCGCAUCCGGCGCCUCAGGCGCCAUCUACCUCGCCAUCCAGGCUCUGUGCAACGAAGGCGACGAGAUUCUGGUUCCUUCACCGGGCUUUGCGCUCUACGGCACCGCCGCCCGCUCGUGCGGCGUCGUCGACGUUGAGUACCCGCUUGAUCCCGACAACUCAUGGCUGGUGAAGCUUGAUGCGCUCGAGGCCCGCAUCACGCCGCGGACUCGGGCCAUUGUCAUCAACAAUCCGUCCAACCCGUGCGGCUCGGUCUUUCCGCGGGAGCAUCUCGAGGACAUCCUCGACCUCGCCGCCAAGUACAACCUGCCGAUCAUCGCCGACGAGAUCUACCACGGCAUGGUGUUCAAGGGCGUCGAGAGCCUCGCCCUCGCCCAGCUCCGUCCGCGGGUGCCCAUCUUUGCCAUUUCUGGCCUCGCCAAGCGGUUCAUGGUCCCCGGCUGGCGUGUCGGCUGGAUCUGCGUCUACGACUACCAGGGCCGCGCAGAGCCCAUCCGCCGGGCUCUCUACCAGCUCGCCCAGAUCACCCUCGGCGCCAACACCCUCGUCCAAUCGGUCAUCCCCGCGCUCCUCACCGAGACUCCAACCGAGUAUCACGAGGCCAACAAUGCCAAGCUCGAGGCGAACGCCCGCAUUGUCCUCGACGCCCUCGCUUCGGUCGCUGGCAUCGCCUGCACCGUCCCCGAGGGCGCCAUGUACACCAUGGCCCGCAUCGACUUUGACGCCUUUGACGACUCGAUCACCACCGACAUGCAUUUUGUCCAGGGCCUCCUCGAUGAGGAGUCGGUCUUUGCCCUCCCCGGCUCGUGCUUCAACGCGCCCAACUUUUUCCGCAUCGUCUUUGCCCCGCCACCGGAGCAGCUCAAGGAGGCCUGCGCACGCAUUGCCGCCUUUUGCGCCCGCCACGCUGCUGCCAAGUAA